UCAGGUUCUAGAGAGAGAGAGUGAGGCAGUGAGAGUGAGACUGAGACCAUCAGAAUGAGAUGGAGAGAGAGAGAGUGAGUGAGAGAGUAGCAAAAUCAGAAGUAGAAGUAUAAAGAAGCCAUGAAAAGUAGAGCUACCUACCCAAUCAAAGCACUAACUUAUUUGCAACCACUAAUCUCUUUUCUUUCUUUCUCUCUAUUCUCUCUCACCAACUCACUCAGUCAAAUAGCUUUGAGAAAAUGAGUCUCCAUUUACAUUCUCUCCCUCUUUUGUUUACUUUCAAAUAAAUCUCGAUCUCUCUCUCUCACACACACACUCACUCACUCUCUCACUCUCACCCAACCAACCACCAUGGGCAGAUCUCCAUGCUGUGACAAAGAGCACAUAAACAAAGGUACUUGGUCCAGAGAAGAAGAUCUCUGCCUCUCCAACUACAUCAAGGCAAACGGGGAAGGCAACUGGAGAGCUCUCCCAAAAGCCGCAGGAUUGAACCGAUGCGGCAAGAGCUGCAGGCUCAGGUGGAUUAAUUACCUGAAACCCGGCGUCAAGCAUGGAAACUUCACUGCUGAGGAAGAUGAUCUCAUCAUCCAACUUCACAGUGAGGUUGGAAACAAGUGGGCUUCGAUUGCGGCCUAUCUACCUGGGAGAACUGAUAAUGAGAUCAAGAACCACUGGAACACCCGCAUCAAGCGCCAGCUCUACCUCCGCGGAAUCAACCCCGCAACCCAUGAGCGAAUCCCCGGCUUGGGCCAACUCCCCUCUUUAUCCACAGCCUCUGUCGCCAUUGUCACCGCUGCCACCUCAGCACCUCCUGCACCUGUGGUGGGCCUCACAAGCAAGAAGGUAAUCAUCAGCGCCAACAACCACAGCAGCAGCAGCAACAGCAUCGUCACUAGCGGCGGCAGCAUCAGCAACCCCCAGAAGAACAAAGACAAGAAGAAGAUUGAGGAUCAGUUUCAGAUGUUUGAUGUUUUUUCCAAUUCCAAGGUUGUUGGAAAGGCUGCUGACUCAGGCUCGAAUAGAAGCAGUGCGGUCUCUGCAUAUCAGGAAGCUUAUAAUCCUGAAAUCAACUUGGAACUUUCAUUGGCACCACCAAUGAACCCUCCUCCUCCUCAGAGAAUGUGAUGCCACCACCACAACAGGUUUUAGGGUUCCAAAGGGGUGCUGCUCCUGGUGGAUUUAUGAGAUUUUAUGGGCUGUGAAGAAUAAUCUGAAUGAUAUGAUUCAUUUUAGAGUUGAUAGGGUGGGAGAGUCUUUUUGUUGAUCGGAGUUUUGCAACAAUCAGGGAGGGACAUGCAGUAGGGCCGGGUAGAAUGUUUUUAAAACUUUAUGAAUAAGUUUUCAGAAGAUUUUGGGGUGCCAGAUUUUGGUUUCAUUUGUAUGUCAAUUCUGAGAACAGUGAAUCUGAAUUUUAAUUUUAAUGUCAACCAAUUGUGUGUUCUCCAUGUCACCUUGAUCUAUACCUUUAUUUGUUGCAUGAUUGU